ACUCUUACCUCAAAAUUAAAUUUGCUCUUGCUCUUGCUCAUUGAAGCAUGCCGGUGAACGCAGUACUCUGGAUGGUGGAGUGUAUAAAUAUCAGACAAUGACCAAGAUUCUAAGAUAGAAAGUUUUCCCUCUAGAGGUUCACCAUGGAUAGUGGUGAACGACCACUUCUCUCUACGGGAGAUCAGGAGGGCCCAACCCCAGAGCAAGGAACCAAUUACGACAAUGACAUUGACCCCAUUAACGGAGUUGAGGAUUUCGUCAAGAAAUUCUUGAUUGAAUCAAAGAAGCUCUGGCGUCUUGCCGGCCCAACCAUCUUGUUAUAUCUAUGCCAGUACUCCCUUGGCGCCAUUACUCAGGUCUUUGCCGGCCAGGUUGGUGUCUUGGACCUUGCUGCCUUCGCGUACGAGAACUUGGUCAUUGCAGGGUUCUCCUCCGGCAUACUGUAUGGCAUGGGGAGUGCGGUGGAGACUCUUUGUGGCCAAGCUUUUGGAGCCGGGAGGGUGGAUAUGCUUGGAGUGUACCUGCAGAGAUCGUGGAUUAUCCUUCUUGCCACAUCCCUAGUCCUGUGUUUCCUUUACAUCUUUGCAGAGCAACUGCUGAAAUUCCUGGGUGAGUCCGAUGAGAUAGCGAAGGCAGCAGGGGACUUUGCGCCUUGGAUGCUUCCCCAGCUCUUUGCUUACGCCUUGAACUAUCCCAUCUCCAAGUUCCUGCAGUCUCAGAGGAAGAUGAUGGUCAUGUGUUACAUAUCAGCUGUGGCUCUAAUACUCCACACAGUGUUUAGCUGGUUGUUGAUGCUGAAGCUGGGUUGGGGUCUGGUGGGUGCAGCCGUGGUGCUCAAUGUAUCCUGGUGGUUCAUUGUUGUGGCUCAGCUCCUGUAUAUUCUGAGUGGAAGCUGUGGCCGUGCGUGGUCUGGCCUCUCUUGGGAGGCCUUUCACAAUCUAUGGGAAUUUCUCAAGUUAUCCAUUGCAUCCGCCGUAAUGCUCAGUUUAGAAGUGUGGUAUUUGGCGAUAUUGAUUGUCUUCGCGGGGUACGUAAAAACGAACGAAGAAGUUUCUGUGGAUGCGAUGUCCGUAUGCAUGAACAUAUUGGCCUGGGCAUUGAUGGUUUUUCUUGGCUUCAACGCUGGUAUAAGCGUACGGGUGUCAAAUGAACUGGGGGCAAGUCAUCCAAGAAGCACAAAAUUUUCAAUAGUAGUUGCUAUGAUAACAUCAUUAUCUACUGCUUUCGUCCUCGCACUCAUUCCGAUCAUCUUCGCAAAGCAGUAUCCUUCCUGGUUUUCAACAGAUGCCCUAGUGAAAGAGCUUGUUUAUAAGCUCACGCCUUUGCUAGCCAUCAGCGUUGUCAACAAUGUUCAACCUGUUCUAUCCGGGGUGGCUGUUGGAGCAGGAUGGCAAACGUUGGUAGCUUAUGUGAAUAUUGGGUGCAACUACAUAUUUGGGAUUCCUUUAGGUCUAGUACUGGGUUUGAAGCUCGGCUUAGGUGUUGAGGGAAUUUGGAGUGGAAUGCUGUCAGGGACAAUGAUACAAACUUGUAUCCUCUUUAUAAUUAUUUACAGAACCGACUGGAACAAAGAGGCCUCCGUGUCAGGAGACAGAAUACGAAAAUGGGGAGGGGACACAGCUUCCGCAGAGAAUGAUAUCGAGAAAUGAUGAAGUGAUGUAUCCAUGAAGUAUCACACAAGUGAGCUGAAAAGCUACUUAUCUCAUCAACAUUUCAGGGCCAGUGCCUCCAAACACCUCUUUCCUAUAUCUUUUUUAGUAAUCCAGUUCCAUAUGGAGCAUUUAAAAAAAAAACAAGAGAGGCCCUUUCAUAUGAUCUGAAUUUCUGCAUUUGCAAUUGCGAAAAGGGAUUUUUGGUUAGAUGGGAGAUUUGAGCUCUUUAACAACAAAAAUUGAGAUUAGAGAACUUGUGCCAAAUACUUGAAUCGCCCAUAGAAAUUCAAUUGCUAGAGAGUACAUCAACAGAUGAAUGCUCUCUUGAGUGUGCA